AAAGAUGUAGCACCACAUGUCUUCUCUUUUAUCCAUCACACUGUUCAAAAAUUUGGUAAGAAUUCUUUUGUCUGGGAAGGUACAACACCAAAGGUCAUAAUCACAAAUCCUGAUCAAAUCAAAGAAGUCUUUAACAAGAUCAAUUAUUUUGAGAAACCCACGUUGAACCCUCUUGUCAAGUUAUUGAGCAACGGACUCGCAAACUAUGACGGUGAGAAAUGGCAAAAACAUCGAAAGAUUAUCAACCCUGCUUUCCAUUUUGAAAAAUUAAAGGGAAUGUCAUCAACCAUAUUCGAAUCCUGUGAUGAAAUGGUUAAAAAAUGGGAUGCGAUGCUGUCUUCCGAAGGAAAAUGUGAAAUUGACGUAUGGCCAUUUCUUCAAAAUUUGACUUGCGAUGUUAUUUCCAAGACAGCAUUUGGAAGCAGCUAUGAAGAAGGAAAACGAAUAUUCGAUCUUUUAAGAGAACAAGCUGGACUCAUUAUGAAAUUACGAAAUGUCUAUAUUCCCGGAUGGUGGUUGAUACCAACAGCUACGCACAAGAGGAUGAAAGAAAUUGAAAAAGAUAAAAAAGCUUCGCUCGAGUUUAUCAUCAACAAAAGAGAGAAAGCAAUGAAGGUAGGGGAAGUCAUGAACAAAGACUUAUUAGGCAUACUUUUGGAAUCAAAUCAUAGAGAAAUACAAGAACAUGGAAACAACAAAGUUGCGGGAAUGACAAGCCAAGAAGUAAUGGAUGAGUGCAAUGCAUUCUACCUUGCUGGCCAAGAAACCACCUCAGUUCUUCUAGUUUGGACAAUGGUACUAUUGGGUAGGUAUCCUGAUUGGCAAGCACGUGCUAGAGAGGAAGUUUUGCAAGUUUUUGGCGAUCAAACUCCGGAUAGUGAAGGGUUAAGUCGCCUUAAAAUUAUGACAAUGAUUUUAUACGAGGUUCUAAGGUUAUACCCUCCAACUGUUUACUUCAAUCGUGCUGUCCACAAAGAUGUGAAACUUGGCAACCUUUCCCUUCCAGCAGGAACACAAGUUUCCUUACCAAUACUCUUGAUUCAUCAUGAUCGCGAUAUUUGGGGCGAUGAUGCAACAGAGUUCAAACCGGAAAGAUUCUCUGAGGGAGUUGCAAAGGCAACAAAAGGCCAAGUUUCAUUCUUUCCAUUUGGAUGGGGACCUAGAGUAUGCAUUGGGCAAAAUUUUGCUUUAUUGGAAGCAAAGAUGGCUUUGUCAUUGCUCUUACAACGUUUCUCAUUUGAGCUCUCCCCAUCUUAUGCACAUGCUCCAACUACUGUACUCAGUCUCAAUCCAAAGCAUGGGGCUCAUGUUAUCUUACAUAAAUUGUAGCUUUAUCGUUUUUAUUCUUUUCCACAAGUAUCUAGACUCUCGUAUUAAGAAUCGACUAAUCAGGCAUGAGAAGUAAUUUUCCUACCAUGACCAAUCUGAUGUGUUGGUCGUACUGUUACAUAAAUUCAUCAAUUAGGUGGCGUACCGCAUAUUAAUUUGCGUGAUGGCGUACCAAUCUGUCUUUGUAUUAAAAUAUCAUAUGCAGUAUGGCGUAUCGCCUACUUGUCAUCUAUUGAAAUGUAUUGCGUUCUAUGUAUCCGUUGCAGUACAUUUAGGAGAAGU